ACGCUUUUCGUUAACGUCCAGAUCACCGAAAUGGGAGAUAUGUCUUCAUUGAACCCAACUGAGCCUUCAAUUGAGUCUCUGGGAAACCAGAUCUCUGAUUUGAGUGCCAAGAUCUCGAGUUAUCUGAGCACUUCUUCUGAGCCUCAGCCCACAUUCAGUCCAGAUUCUGUAUCUGUCCCCAAGACUGCCGAGUAUGAGUCCUUGCGCGCAACACUAAACGAUGCUGCGCUUGACUUGAUUCGUCUUGUGAAUGGCCCAGAAAACACUCUGCGAUCAUUCUUCUUCUCGCACUAUGAUCUAGCAGCGCUUCAGGUUGCGCUUGGUCGCGGUUUUUUCAACCAUGUUCCUCUUCCGUCGCAUGAAACAAACGGCGCAACAAACGGGAACAGCAAGUACAGCGCUUCUGUCGAUGAAAUCGCAGCACGGGCUGAGAUGGAUGUUGACCGAACUGCGAGGGUAAUGCGAAUGUUGGCCACGCAGCGCAUCUUUCAAGAAGUGCCUGGAGACAGCGAGAGCUUUCAACACACGGCUGCUUCGGCGGCAUUCGCCAGAAAUAAAGGACUACACGCGACAGCAGAUAUGCAAAUGGAUGAUAUGCUCAGCGCAGUAGCUGUGACUACGGCUGCGAUCGAGCAUUCCCCAAUGUUGUACAGUCAAGAACUGUCACCUUUCAAUACUGCGUACGGGAUGAGCAUGUAUAACUAUUACAAACUACAUCCAUCGAAGGCAGCUCGUUUUGCAGAAGCCAUGAGAAGCUAUUCCCAGCUGGACCGACAGAUAUCGGAACUCCGAGAUACGUUCCCAUGGGAGUCUUUGGAAGGCGGAAAAAUCGUGGAUAUCGGAGGUGGAAGCGGUCAUAUCUCAAUCGCACUCGCACGUCGGUUCAAAUCUUUACGAUUCGUGGUCCAAGACAUCUCCACGGAGAUGCUCGCGCAAGCUCAAGACACGAUCAAAGAUCUAGACGGGCGUGUCACAUUCCAGCAGCACAACUUCUUCGAUAUACAGCCAGUAGCAGACGCCGAUGCCUUUUUCCUCCGUCAGUGUCUGCACAACAACACCGACGAAGACUGCAUCAAGGUCAUUCAGGCUAUCAUUCCUGCUCUCGAGAAAUGCAAGACUGGCACUCCGUUGCUCAUCAACGAUGUCAUCAUGCCCGAAAGCGGAACUACGACUCGAAGUGAGGAGUACCACUUGCGACAGGUAGAUAUUUGUAUGAUGGUUACGUUGGGAGCGAAGCAGCGCACAGAGAAGGAGUUUAGGGAUAUGGUAAAGAAGGCAGAUCCGAGAUUGUCGGUUGUGAAUGUCUGGCCUAAUCCACUUGGUGUUGGGUUGUUGGAGGUUCAUCUCAACGCUGGAAGCUAG